UUCAUAGCAUGGAGAAGGAACAGGUUUCCAAACGUUUGUAUGUUGGAGGUCUUGGCCAUACAGUUUCCAAGGCUGAGCUGAAAGAAAGAUUUGGCAAGUUUGGGCGUGUUUUGGAGGCAGAGAUUAUUACGAGAAAAGAUGAUGAAGGGAAUCCUACGAAAACUUUUGCUUACAUCAGUGUCAACAUUUCUGAUGCAGAUCUGAAAAAGUGUAUGUCAGUUUUAAAUAAAACAAAAUGGAAAGGGGGGACGCUGCAAAUUGAGUUGGCCAAAGAAAGCUUUUUGCACAGGCUGGCCACGGAGAGGGAGGAAGCAAAGCUGCCAAAAGAAAAACAGCAGAGAAAUGACCAAACGUGUCUGCUGGAAUCACUGAAAAAGACGGGCGUUGUGGAUUUCCACAUGAGAGCUGUGCCAGGUACAGAAGUACCAGAUCAUAAGAAAUGGGUUGUUGGAAAAUUUGGCAGAGUCUUGCCUAUCCUGCACCUCAGGAAUCAACAAAAAAAUAAAGUGGUGAAAUACGACCCGUCGAAGUAUUGCCACAACCUGAGGAAGCUGGAGGCAGACCUGGCACAUGCAGCUCCUGUAUCCCAGCUCACCUGGAACCUGGAAGGGGGAGAUGACAGCGUGGCCAGGAAGCGGCGAGGGGAAUUCCCUGGGAUGAGAAAACCACCGGAGAAACGGAGGCAGCUGGGCAGCGAGGCCCUGAAUGGAGCAGCUCUGUCCUCUGGGUGCCCAUCACAUCCAAAACACACAAACCCACCAGAGCUCAGCCAAAGAUCAAAACCCAAACCUAGUGAGGAGUCGGAAUUGCCUCCAGCAAGGAGACUGGAUGGGAAAAUACCAGGGAGAGGUUUAUUAUUGGAUCAAAGCAAUGCUCAUGGAGUUACAGCCAAAAAUAAUACCAGUGUUUCUGACAGUGACAUUGAUUCUGAAGAGGAGAUCAGAGCAAUGGUAAAGAAAGAGACAGAAAGACAGAAAGCUGAAAAUGUUGAGACUGAAAGUGAGCACUUGGAAAUUGUUGGGGAUAAUUUUGAAUUAAAAUACAGUAGCCACUGGUCCUUAAGCAAUUCAGGUGCCAUGAAGAAAGCUAUCAAAGGAAGUGACAAAGAGAAAGAGACUAUGGAGUGUGAUAAUGGUUAUGAUUCAGCAGAUACAGAUGAAAUUAUUGCUGAAAGUAAAACUCCAGAAGACUCUAAACAGGGGAAGGUGAAAAAUAAAGAAACGUUAACUAAAAAAAAAAGUGGUUUGGUAAAUGGCUCCUCACCAAAAACUCACAGUUUAAAAGAAGAACACAUUGAAAGGAAAGGGAAAAUUAAAAAAUCCAGAGUUCCUGCCUUGCAGAGUACGGCAGCCAACAGUGCAACAGAGGCACGUGACAGGGACAGCUCUUGUUCAGAGUCUGAGCAAGGGGAGUCUGACUUCAGCUCUGAUUAUGAGUCUAUGAUGCAAAACUGUUACCACUUAGACCUUACCUUGGAUGACUUAAAAGCAUUGGCUACAGAAAACACUGGGACACCUGCAGAGGGGUCAGGCAGUGAACAGAGUCCUUGUCAGUCCAGUACUGAAGAUAAUCCCAAGGAUAAUACUGUAAAUAAACCAAAACUUCCUAAAUUUCACCCUGCGGUUAAAAAAAAGCCCAUCUGUCCUGAAGAUGUGCUGGCUGAUAUUUUAGCAGGGGAGGAGGAUGCUGUUGAGGAAAGAUCCAAGCGACAAAAUUAUUCACAUUUGAAAUAUCAGCCCUUUAGAGGAAUGGGCUCCCUUUGUGUAAAUGAGUUAAGUAAGGACAGCGCUGGGUUAAAGAAGAAGUCUGUACAAAGUUUGGAACUUGAAGCUUGUACAUCUUAUUGUGGGAAGGAGUCCUCUAAAAAUCAGCCAAAGAACCAUCCCUUGUGUUCACUUGAAGUCAGCGGCAGAAAGAGACACAAAGUGCCUUGUGAGCAGCAUGAUGAACUGUCAGCUCCUGCCUCCUCAGCAGGUCAGAGACUUCAGCCUGGUCCUGGGCCUCAUUUGCAAGAGAAAAACAACCGUGUGAGUUCUCUGCAAGACCAAAAUUCACAGCACGGAGCUGCUGCUGCCAGUACUGAUCAGGAUGAUGGGAGCAGUCACAUGGACAGACAUGCUGCAGGGGCCCAGGAGCACGUUAAACAGCAGCUGAAGAGCCCAAAACUUUCCAAAACAUUAAAGAAUACAAGCAAAAGAAAUCCAGACUGUGAAGAUAAUAAAGGUGGGAAUGAGAACACAAGUCUUCUGGAAGAUAAGGAGCUUUGGCUUUGUGCUGCUGCCUCAAAGUCGCCCAGUACAAAAGAGAAACAGCUCCAGGACAAUCAGAGAAGGCUGGCAGCUCUGGAAGAGAGACACAGAGAGAGGGAAUUACAGAAGAAACUCAUUCAAGGAGCUCUUUCAAAUCUGGAUAGGCAGCCAGCAGGAAAGCACAAACACAUCAUAUUUGAUUCUGACGUGGAGGAGGAAGCUGAAGUGAAUGAGAUGUUGAAAAAAGAUGCAAGUUUGGGAAAUGGGCAUCUAGAAGAUAAGUCAGCUCCCAAACCUUCGGGGAGACUGUUUGAUAGCAGUGAAGAUGAGCAAGAGGACACGGACGAUGAGCGAUUCAAAAUUAAGCCCCAGUUUGAAGGCAGAGCUGGUGAAAAACUCCUGCAGCUGCAAUCCCGCUUUGGCACCGAUGAAAGGUUCCGCAUGGAUGCUCGAUUCCUUGAGAGUGACAGUGAGGAAGAAGCAGAGACAAACAGCCUGAAGGCAGGUGAAGAAGAGGAGCUUGCUGCAGAGAAAAAGAAAAAUUUGCAAAUACUGGGAAGCAUCCUGAAUAUGAACCUGGAGCAGCCCAAGCCAAAUAAAACAGCCAUGACUGUGAAGAAAUUCAAAGAUAUUAAUGCCCUCCGUUAUGAUCCAACAAGAGAAGACCACACAGUUUUUGAAAGGAAACCAACUGCUACAGAAAAGGAGAGUAAAGCCAAAAGAAAGACGAAAGAAGAGAGCAAAACCCUGCCUCAAGUAUCCGAAGAGAUCUAUUAUGACAUUGCUGCUGAUUUAAAAGACUUAUUUAGACCUUUAAAGGACAAACCAGAAAAGACUGUGGAAAUACCCUGGGACAAAGAGGAUAUGCAGAACUCUGCCCCAGAGGACCCCUCGGGACCUUUGCCUGACAACAAUGCAGCUCAGGAGUCGAGUGCUUUCAUGUUUUCCUUCUUUGGAGACACGGAGGAGUUGAGCGUCAAAGCAGAGCCUUACUUGCUUGGAACAAGAAAACCGGUGAAAGUCACAUGGCAAGAGGAUCCACGUUUCCAAGACAGCAGUUCUGAGGAUGAUGAUGAGCCUGAGACGUCGGAAAGUGAAAAGGACCAAGAAAUGCAAGUUUGAUUUAUAUUUGUUGUCUACUUGCCUGUAGUAAUUGGAUGCUGUGGGAAUAUUGACAGCAGCACCCAGGGAACGGGAAAGUGACAUUGCACACCUCUGAGCAAUGAAAGUCAUCUUGGAAAACCAUUCAUGCUGCACAGGGUUCAACCUCCCAGCAGCCCAUUUGGUGUGAAGUGGAAUAUGGAAAGAGACAAGUUGAGCACCAGAAAUGAACUGGGCUGUUUUGGUCUGACCAACCCCAAAGUGAGUUUGGCCAAAUGCCAAAGACACAGUCACUUUUCUUUUAAAAAGGGUGUUUGUUUGGGUUUUUUUUUUUAA